AUGAGGAAAGAAACUGCUAAAGAUAUUUGGGACCGUGUGGGUGACUCGGCCAAAGUUUAUCAACUACUUCAGAAGGCCAUUGGCAUGAAGCAAGGGAACAGGACCAUUUCUAAGCACUAUAACACUGUCAUUAGUCUCUGGGAGGAGUAUGAUCACUAUAGGGACCUCCAACUAUCAAAUCCUGAGGAUGAAACUAAGGUGUAUCACGGACUCUUGAAAAGGAAUGGGUUCUUAUUUUGCUUGAUUCUUCUUGCUACUGCGUCUACUGAUGGAAAAUGUCGAGUUUUCUCCACUUUCAUCAAAGGUGUUGAUUUGAGGGGUUCAGGAACCAGUCUUUCUUCGGAUGCAAAAUUUGGAGAGCAAAUCAUUCAGCUCGAUCUUUCAUUUAGCUGGGCAUUUGGUGUAAAAUGGUCCCCAAGUGGCAAUACCUUAGCUUAUGUGGGCCACAAUUCUACUAUCUACUUUGUUGAUGAUGUUGGUCCUUCUCCUUUGGCUCAAAAUGUAGCAUUCCGUGAUUUGCCUCUGCGUGAUGUCUUGUUUAUUUCUGAAAGGAUGGUGAUAGGUGUAGGAUUUGACUGUAAUCCUAUGGUUUUUGCUGCAGACGAGAGAGGCAUAUGGUGCUUUGUGAAAUUCCUUGCUGAGAGGAAAAUGGCAUCAUCAAGCUCAAAAUAUGGAUCGCAGUUUUCUGAAGCGUUUGGGAAGCUUUAUGGUCAAAAACAAGUUGGCAAUGAUGCAGUUGAAUCUUCAAGACCUCGGGGAGGUGUUCACGAGAACUGCAUAAAUUGUAUUCUGCCAUUGGAGAAAACAGGGGAUGGUAGAGUGAAGCGCUUCAGCACUUCUGGAUUGGAUGGUAAAGUGGUCAUCUGGGAUUUAGAAGACCAAGAAGAUAUUUCGUUAUAUUCAUAAUUGAAGGUUCUUAAUAGUGUCACAGCAAUUCAAACUUUCAACCUCUUCAAUGGCGAUGAAAGGCAGUAUUCCAGAAAAAAAAAAAAAGAGGGUAGGUUUACUAAUGGUUGAAGACUCUAUUCAAUAUGGCAUCUUAAUUUAAGAUUAAAUUUGUGCCUUUGAUUGAGAGAUGGAGUCUUCUUAUGUAUUAUAGUUGUAUUUGGAGGAGAAUGAGGUUGGCAUACCAUUAUUUAGGUUACAGAUCCAUUGGUCAGUCCUUGUUCAAUUAUAUUUGUUUGUAAGUUGUAACAGAACAACUUAAACCUGUGCGUAGGUUGAACACUAAGGUGAUUGAGCGAACUCCAUUUUCUUGUGUUGAUGUAUUCAAAUGUGGGAAGACAAUGAGGGUUUUUUUUUUUUUUUGAAUGUUGGUUAACUCCGAUUGUGCUUAAAUUUGAUAUAUAAGCAGUGAGCCUUAUUUGUCUAUCAA